GCACUUCACUGUUGCAAGCCCCAAGCCUGCUGUACGCAGUUAAGGUGACCUAACAACUCUGGUUCAGAGUGUGGCUGCCACUUCUGGAGGAGAAAUGGAGGGUGACAGCAUGAGAAACAGACCUGUAAAGAUGUUUAUGUGGUGGUCUACUGUUUUACUUCUUGGAUGCAUUUUGCUGGGAGCAGACGGGUGGCCAGUCAAGGAAGGGUACGACUUUAGGCCCUAUCAACCCCUAAUAAGAUUACGCCACAAGCAGGAAAAGAAUCAGGAAAGCUCAAGAAAUAAAGGUUAUCUUGGUCAGGAUGGCCAUUUUGGAUCAUGUGAAAACAAGUACUGUGGUCUGGGCAGACACUGCGUUGUGAAUGGGAAGACUGGUCAAGCAGAGUGUCUGUGCAUGGAACACUGCAAACCACAUUACAAGCCUGUGUGUGGUUCUGAUGGAGAAUUCUAUCCAAACCACUGCGAAGUGCACAGAGCUGCCUGUCUGAAAAAGCAAAAGGUCACCAUUGUACACAAUGAAGAUUGUUUCUUUAAAG